CGGAGCGCGAGGGGCGAGCGCGAGGGAGCCCCCUCCGGAACCCCGGCCGCCCCCCAGCGCCGGCAGCUGCGGCCCCGCGAGGAUCGGCUCCAGGACAUGAUAGAAAGUGACAUCUCAUCCAUAAUGUCAGGACUCGUUCGAAACUCUGGGCAAAAUCACCACCCUUCGCCACAGGAAUACAGGCUCCUGCCUUCCGCCAAUGACGAGGACCUCCCYGGGGACCUGCAGUCACUCUCGUGGCUCACGGCUGUGGACGUGCCUCGGCUGCAGCAGAUGGCGAGUGGCCGCAUGGACCUGGGUGGCCCCAGUGUGCCACAUCCACACCCAGGAGCCUUGGCUGGGGCAGCCGACCUGCACGUGGGAGCCACCCCAGGCCCCCUGCUCCACGGCCCACCGGGCAUGGCGCCCCGAGGCAUGCUGGGCCUGGGCCCCCUGUCCAGCCACGGAGCCAGUAUGAGCCAGUUCCCCGUGGGGGGCCAGCCACCCUCUGGCCUGCAGGACCCCUCGCAGCUGUACUCACCGGGGACCCAGCCACAGUUCCCGCUCCCUCCGGGAGCCCAGCAGUGCCUUCCUGUGGGCCUCUACGGCCCCCCGUUGGGGGCACGGCCCUCGUACCCCCAGGCCCACAUGGCAGUGCAUGCACCGCAGGAGCAGCUGCACCCCAAGCACUACCCCAAGCCCAUCUACUCCUACAGCUGUCUGAUCGCCAUGGCCCUCAAGAACAGCAAGACGGGCAGCCUGCCGGUGAGCGAGAUCUACAGCUUCAUGAAGGAGCACUUCCCCUACUUCAAGACGGCUCCGGACGGCUGGAAGAACUCAGUGCGGCACAACCUGUCCCUGAACAAGUGCUUCGAGAAGGUGGAGAACAAGAUGAGCGGCUCCUCCCGCAAGGGCUGCCUGUGGGCGCUGAACCUGGCCCGCAUCGACAAGAUGGAGGAGGAGAUGCACAAGUGGAAGAGGAAAGACCUGGCCGCCAUCCACCGGAGCAUGGCCAACCCCGAGGAGCUGGACAAGCUGAUCUCAGACCGGCCUGAGAGCUGCCGGCGACCCGGCAGAGCAGGGGAGCCCGAGACCCCCGUGCUGACUCACGCUACCUCGGUGGCCGUGGCCCACAGCUGCCUGGCCAUCUCCCAGCUCCCCCCACAGCCCCUGAUGACCCUGUCCCUGCAGGCCGUCCCCCUGCACCACCAGGUCCAGCCCCAGGCCCACCUGGCCCCCGACUCCCCGGCUCCGGCCCAGACCCCGCCCUUGCACGCCCUGCCCGACCCCAGCCCCGGCCCCCUCCCGCAGCCCGCCAUGGGCAGGACCCCCGUGGACUUCGUCAACAUCAGCACCGACAUGAACCCCGAGGUGGACGCCCUGGACCCCAGCAUCAUGGACUUUGCCCUGCAGGGGAACCUGUGGGACGAGAUGAAGGACGAGGGCUUCAGCCUGGACGCGCUGGGGGCUUUCGCCGACUCCCCGCUCGGCUGUGACCUGGGGGCCUCCAGCCUGACCCCUGUCUCUGGUGGCAACGACCAGUCCUUCCCUGACGUGCAGGUGACGGGUCUCUACACCGCAUACGCCACCCCGGACAGUGUGGCCUCGUCGACGGCCGCCUCCCAGUACCUGGGUGGCCCUGGGCACAAGCCCAUAGCUCUGCCCUGA